AUGGUUGAGAUCAUUCGCAUGAGGUAUAAUUACGAAGAUGGAAUAUCAAACGAUAUCCGAACCCCAUAUGGUCAUUUUGCAAACAAAAUGAGAUUGUCCUCAGACGACAUGUCGUUGCCAUACGUCGUUUUGUCCUCCAUUGGUGGGAGCUGGACAGAGAUCGCGCCAGUGUUCAGGGUAAAAACGUAA